UUGUUGUUAUUGGUUGUUGUGUUUGUGUGCGCGAUGGUAAUUGUGGAGCAGUUUUGUUGAGUGUAGUCUCACAUUGAAAUAACGAUGUUGAACUUCUGGAAAGCGUUAUUUAUUUCAUGUGAACUACUCUCAAGUACUUUUGCCACAUCUCUCUGGUUUGUGACAGAAAAUGGGCGUAUACAUGCACAGGAGGACUCGCCCUACAACAUGCGCCGGCCCGACGACCUGCUGGCGCUGCUGGAGCAGGAGGACCGCGUGCGCGACGUGGCGCUCAUGUACAAGGAGCUGACGCGCCAGAAGGCGGCCAUCGACAAGCAGUGGGCGGGGCUGGAGGGGGCGGGCGACCUGGAGGCCCGCCUGCGCGCCCAGGACGAGGACUGCCUGCGGGCCGGCCGGCCGCUUGCCGACCACGACCUGUACGGGGGCGUGCUGCCGGGAGAGGAGGAGCACGGCCUGUGGGACAGCUUGGAGGAGGUCCUUCGCGAGGACGGCCGGGAGGACGAGCAGGACGCGCCGGACUGCAGCUCGGCCGUGGAGCUCCAGUUCAGCAUGCAGGCCUUCGAGCACCUGCCGGGCAUGGCGAGGCGCUCCGAGCUGAACCUCAGCGCCAACACGAAGCUGGCGUCGCUGUUCGGGCAAGGAGUGAUGUCGCUGCAGCAGUUCGGGGGCCGGGUGUCGUCCGGCCUGCGGGCCAACGCCUCGUCCUGGGAGCUCUACAACCUCGCCUCCUUGUACUGGCAGAUCGUGGGCCACGCCCCCAACGCCUUGGAGUGCGCGCGCCGCGCCGUGCACCUCGCGCCCAGGGAGCACCGCGGCUCGGCGCUCCUCAACCUGGGCAGCAUCUUCCACCAGGCGCGCCUGCCCAAGGAGGCGGCCAUCGUGCUGCACGCUGCCGUGGACCACCAGCCCCUGAGCGCCCCCAGCCACUUCCUGCUGGGCAACGUGUACGCCGUGCUGGGGGACACCAACAGGUCGGUGGUGUGCUACGAGAACGCGGAGAGUCUGCGGCCUGACUGGGAACAUGUGUCUCGCACCAAGAACGUCCUGCUGUGCCAUCGCAAGUUGGAGCAGGGGUUGCUGCAGCAGCAAAGGGCGCUGCAGGGCGUGCUGUCGGAGCUGCACGGCUACCACGUCCAGCAGGAGCAGUGGUUGCGACUGCAGGAGCGCAUUGCCAGGGAGAAGGCCCCGCCCGACCACAACACGCUGACUGCCGUGCUGGCCGCCCGAGUCCAGAGCUGUCGGCAGAAGGUGAAGGACGGGCGCUCGGUGCUCAGCUGCCACCUGGGCAGCGACACGCAGCGCCUCGCGCUCUCGCUGCAGAUGGACGCCACGCAGAGCCUGCAGCUGCUGCUGCGCAAUGUCGAGGCCCAGGCCAAGGAGAUCAGCAAGCAGCUGUCGUCGGUGGUGCAGAAGCUGCGCGCCGUGCCGAAGGAGCCGUGGGCCGGGGACGAAGACGACGACGACCGCGCCGACCCCCCGGAGCGGCGCGGGGGCGGGGACUGGCCGUCGCGCGAGGAGUGCGCGGCGCUGGCGGGCGGCUUCCCCGACCUGGCGCACUUCCCCUCUGCGUUCCUGCCGCCGGAGAGCAAGGGCUUCCAGGUGCAGCUGUACCUCGGGGAGCUGCUGGGGCUGCCGUUCGGGGCGGAGCACGAGCUGCCGUGGUCGCCCCCGCUGUGCGGCGACGCUCGGCCCGGCCCGCGCGGCGAGGAGCUGUCCUCGGAGCCCCACCUGCGCGCGCGCCUGCUCGCCUACGUCAACGACGGCCGCAACGAGGUCGCCGAGGUCGGCCAGCGCAUCCGCACCGCUCUCGCCAAGGAGGUGGGGCCCGCCUGGCUGCUGCAGACGCUCGCGUCGCUCUACUGGCGUGUGCACGGACACCCGCGCCACGCGGAGGCGUGCCUGGGGGCAGCGCUGGGCUCCGCGCCGCGCGAGCACCGCGACGUGCCGCUGGUGUCGCUGGGCUCGCUGCUGGCGCGGCUGGGACGCCUGGAGGAGGCGGCACGGCUCGCCGAGGAGGCCCUGGCCGCGAGCAGCUUUGAGCCGUCCACGCACUUCCUGGCGGCGGCCGUGCUGAGCGCACGGGGCAACUGGUCGGGGGCCGCGCACCACCUCAGGCACGUGCUGCGCUUGGAGCCCGGCUACAUCUCGGACGGCCUCGCCGCUCGCCUCCUGCUGGGCGUCUCCUGCCGCCUGCACUUCGGGCGGGACGCCGAGUCCGGCGCAGGCGACCCCAGCCUAGAGAACACCUGUGGGGCCCCGCCUGCGCCCGACCCCAGCAGCACGGUGGUGGAGGGGCUGGGAGAGGGGGAGGCGCUGGUCUGCAGCCCCGACGGCGAGCAGUGCCGCGCCGUGCAGUGCUUCUCCGCUGGCGACGACCCCGUCACAGGGAGCGCGGGCUCGCAGGCGCGAGAAGCCGUAUCGUGCCUGCUGAGCCGUGGCGUGGAGCGCUGCGCGGGCCGCAUGGUGCUGCCCGAGCCCGCCUGGACCGGAACAGACGAUACAGAGGAGACGGAUGAGACGGAGCUGGAGCGCAUGACGGACGAGAGCGGCCUGCCCGAGCAGUUCGACGUGCACAUAUCGCUAACCGAUGAGGACUCCCAGGAGCACGUGAUUGUGCCGGGUGACGCCGCGCCGGAGGGCAGGCCGCGCGGCGACACGUACCCGCUGUCCCUUGCGGAGUGCGAGCGCGUCGGCGCGACGGACUGGGAGGAGGUGGCUGCCGCGGGCCAGCGCUCCGCCCUGAGGGACGUCAGCGUGGAGCUGCCGGCCGCGCGGGACGGCGACGAGGAGCCGCUGUGCCGCCAGCGGCCGCCCCCGUCCCUCGCGCUGGACCGCCUGGCCGGCCUGCGCCCGGGACACGGCCCCCGGCUGGAGGCGGAGCGCGGCGCGGCCGAGUGCCUGGCCGCCAUCGCCGGCCUGCGCGGCUCCGGCACGCGCGAGCUGGGCACGCGCGUCGCCGCCGCGCUGCUGGAGAACGCCACGUCGUGGGUGCUGGCGACGGCGGCGGCGCUCUACUGGAGGGCCGUGGGCGACACGGACCGCGCGGUGGCGUGCCUGCGCCAGGCGCUGCAGUACGUGCCCGGCGCGGAGCGAGACAUUCCCCUGGUCGGGCUGGCGAGCCUGCUGCACAGGGCCGGCUUCUACAGCGACGCCCUCGUCGUGGCCAACCUGGCGCUGGAGGCUGCUCCGAGGUCGGAGGUCACCCACUUCACCGUAGCCAACAUACACACCUCCAUGGGGGACCUGGAGAAGGCCAUCGCGCACCACCACGUGUCGUUGCAGCUGCGGCCCGGCUUCGAGCCCGCCCGCCGCCGCCUGCAGUCCAUCCUGUGCUCGCUCAUGUUCGAGGAGCACGCCGUCAGGACGGGCCCGUGACUCGCCGUGCCCGACGGUCGUCUGCCUCGCUCGAGAGUGAAGGUGCAGAGCUGUGGCCAGAAGUGUGAACCUUCCUCAGCUCACCUGCCUGCCAGGCAUUGAGGCGGGGGUUCACUUUGCUGCAGUAGAACCCUGUUACAACGUUUUUUCAAGGGAGCAUAAGGAAAAAAAAAAG